AUGGGCCGAGCUCGUCUAGUGGUUGAGGUCGUCCGAGACUUUCAAAAUCAUCAAUUGUUGCUUAACGGGCCGAACCUGAUUUUGGGCUCAGCUCUUAAUGGGCCUGUGCUAAGCCCAUCUCGAAAUUUCACUUACGGAGUGAUCGAGCAGCACCGCGUAGUUCGAGGCGGAGAGAAAUCUGAUGAUGUCACGGGGUUGAAAUAUCCGCGGCAUCACCAUAAGCACGAGUGGUAUGUCUUCUCGGAUCUUACUCGACCCGAUACCGAACGGGUCGCGUCUCCUAUCGUCAGAGUUUUCAACCCGGCCGAGGCGGAUUUGUUCUAUGUUCCGGCGCUCUCUUCUCUAAGCUUGACUGUGAAUUCGGGUCGAACCGGGUUGGGUUACACGCAGGAGAGAUUAGUGGCUUGGUUGGAAGGUCAAGAAUGGUGGAGGAGGAACAACGGGAGGGAUCAUGUGAUUGUGCCGAAUGCGUUGAAACGGGUCAUGGAUCGGGUCAAGAACGCGGUUUUGCUUGUGGCGGAUUUGGACCGGUUAAGAGCUGACCAAGGGUCGCUUGUGAAGGACGUAAGCAUACCUUGUUCUCAUAGGACUGAUGCUUUCGAAGGCGUGCUUGGUGUAACGAAGAGGAACACUUUGUUUAUCUUCAUGGGAAACCGCAAAGAUGGAGGUAGAGUCAGAGACUUGCUUCUCAAGCUGUUUGAGAAUGAAGAUGAUGUUGUGAUCAUCAAACAUGGAACACAAUCAAGAGAGAAUAGGCGUGCGGCGAAACAAGGCAUGCAUACGUCUAAGUUUUGUCUACUUCCAGCUGGUGAUACUCCUUCUGCUUGCAGAUUGUUUGAUUUCAUUGCGAUUCUCUGUAUCCCGGUGAUUGUAAGUGAUGGCAUUGAGCUGCCUUUCGAGGAUGUUAUAGAUUACAGAAGUUUCUCUGUGUUUUUGAGGAGUGAUUCGGCUUUGAAACCAGGUUUUUUGGUUAAAAAGUUGAGAAAAGUGAAACCAGGAAAGAUUUUAAAGUACCAAAAGGCUGUGAAAGAGGUGACACGAUACUUUGAUUAUACGCAUCCAAAUGGAAGUGUGAACGAGAUUUGGAGACAAGUGACUCAGAAGGUACCGCUAAUCAAACUUAUGAUCAAUCGUGAAAAGCGAAUGAUUAAGAGAGAGAAUCAGGAGCCGGAGUGUUCUUGUUUAUGCUCAAACCAAACCAGGAUCAUCCAUGGUGUUUAGUAGCUUAAACUUGAAUGUUUGCGUAAUGAAUGUAAAAUCAAGAACCACUCUGUGUAUCAUGCAUUAUAAGUACUUGGUCAGGUCUCUUGGAACCCGUGAAAGAUAGCUUAGCAAGAGAGUCAAUUGCAAGCGACCGGGACACUAUCAAGAACAAAGAGAUUGCCUUUAAAGAAUCAUUAAUACUUUGUUCAAAAAGGAUAAACACAACAUACCGAGGUAACGAGACACAAGCAUAAUCUAGGAGGCACAUGCCACAACACAGCACCAAACCAUUUCUUUAAACCGAUCAAUAAGGCGCGCGCGUCUUUCUAGUAGUAAAGGGGCACGUUAGCAACCACUAAACCUAAUUUGUACUUAUGAAGCUG